AUGGCUACUACUGCGACAUGGCGCUCGCGGACCACCGGCUACUCACCGACGGGCUUGGGCGUGGACCGCCUGCGCCUCGUUGGGCGAUACGCAGUUGUGGCUCUGGGCAGGCAUGUGUAUCCGGACUUCGUCGAUGUGGCGAUGCCGCGCCCCGAGCUGCCGACAAAGACGGCUGACCGCAACCGCAUACCGCGCAAAAUGAUCAUGGAUGCGAUACAAAGGGGCCCAGGCUGCCGGGAGGGCGAGUACACGGAGCAGCCGGUGCAAGGGCUCAAGGCGGCCGUGAAUCAUGACACGUAG